AGUGUAGUUUGUUCUGCUGCUACUUCCUGAAUGUUUGCAGUUCAGAGCUGACUGCUUUCAUCAGGAAACAGUCAGUGAAGUCUGAUCAGUUAGUUUGAUCUCUAAAGAUGUCGACAGAAACUGAAGAUUUGAGAGUGAAAUUUAACAGAAAUCUUCAUCAUGAUGGAAGAGAACAAAGUGAGGUGGAGAUUUUAGAAGAUGAAGAUCAGAUCUCUGAUCAUGGAUUACAACAAACUGAAAAACAGAAGCUGAAGAAUCUUCAAGUCAAGAGAAGAAACUGUUUCAGAGUUCUCAAGUUGUUUCUGGGAGUUUUCUAUUUUCUGAUUCUGGCUGGACUCAUGACACGGCAUCUUCUUUUGUCUUUGGAAAACAACAAAACAAAAAACAGUUACAAUCAGCUGCAGACUGAACUUUCAGUCAUCAACAAAACUCUUUUGGAUGAAAGUAACCAGCUGAAAACUGAGAUUGAAGGUAAACGGUGUCCUAAAACUUGGAUCAGAUUUGGAUGCAGCUGCUACUUUAAAUCCACUGAGGAGAGAACUUGGUAUGAGAGCAGGAGUUUCUGUCAGGAUAAAGGAUCGUAUCUGCUGGUCAUCAACAGCAGAGAGGAACAGGAAUUCGUUUCUAAAUUGAAUCCAAAUAAAGAAUCCUGGAUUGGUCUGAAUGCUCUGUGGUCAUCACAGAAAAACAAAUCCGAAUGGAAAUGGGUGGAUGGAUCACCACUGACAGAAACGUUCUGGGAUGAGACAUUUCCAAAAGAUCCAAACAACUACAAUGCUGUGUUCUUAAGUACUGAAGGGAAAUGGAAAGAACAGUUCCAUGCAACCUACAAAAACUGGAUAUGUGAGAAAUAAAAUUCCAGCUCUUUCUUGUUACUGA